AUGGGUGCUCGUGCAUGCGGUCGUAAGCCGGAAAAAGAAGAUCGAGAAACCGACGCGAUUAAAUAUUGUGUGGCAUCGAGAGUUUACUUUGAGUGUGUUCAUAAGAAAUAUCGUGGUUGUGAAACGAAAGAAAAAUACGAAACAGCAAUGGAAUCGAUCAUGAAAGGCAUUCGAAAACGUGUUGAUGAUCUAUUAGCUUUUUGCAAUGAUAAAAUCGAAGAUUAUAAAUUUAAUAUCGUUUGGGAUUCGCCGAAACAAGCCGAAGCAGCAGAUUCGGUUCGUGGUGGCGGGGGUUUACAUUCAAUUGCAUUGUCGAAAAAUGGUAUUCUUGGUUCAGCAUCUGUACAACAAACACCGGUCGUUAACGAAAUUUGCCAAGUAAAAACAAUCAACGAUCUAUGUCAACCGUUAAUGAUCACUGUUAAAUUUAAUCCAUCUUGGAAUACUGUUAAUAAACGUGGCUGGUGUCAACAAGCGACCACUUAUUUUCGUUGUUUAAAAUCUCGCCUUGAUAAAUGUCCGCAACAAGAAGUACAGAAUCAAUUUCAACAAGUCGAACAUUACCUUCAAUCACAGAUAAAUAUCAACUGUCCGGGUGGCAUCGAUGGUUGUUCACGCCAUUCAACGGAUGCACGCUGUAAAAUUGGUUUGGUUCAAUCGAAUUCCAGUUCGUCUAUAGUUUAUCUUUCUUAUUUUUUUGUUCAAUCGGUAUUACAAAUACUACUACUCUUAUUAUUGUUUUAA